CAGUAAUAUAUUUUUCCAAGGUCCCCUCCCUCUUUCCUUCCUCUCUCUUCUCUUCUUCUCUUUGCAUUUCCCUAAAAUUACACAAAUAAGCUCCCUUUGUUGUGUUUACCUUGAAUCGUGAACCAUUUUAAUUUCUCUCCGUUCUUUGCACAAAGAGAAGAGAUUUAUAUAUACAAAUUUUGUCUUUCUCUCUUUUUUCUCACUCAUCACUUUUCUGAUUCUUUCUUUCUUUACAUCUCUCUCUCCCCUCCUCUCUGAUAAAUAGACAGACCGAUCUAACUGGACAACAACAAACCACUUCACCUCUCUGUUGUUGUUGUUGAUUUGUUUUUGAUCAUAAAACAAUCAAACUUACAUCUCCAUCUACUUCAUUUCAUUAAGACUGUGGGAAACUAAAGCUGGAACCUUAUGUAGUGUUGGAUGUUAUCUAUCAGCUGGACUGGGGCUUGGUGCACACUUAUUAUGAAGUUUUCUGCCAAAUAAUAAAGCAAAAAAAUGUGGAAUUCUUGACUGAACUUGCCGUAGUUACGUUGGAUAAUAUUGAACCCCAGGAGGGGGAAUUGCAGAAUUUGUGUGCUGAACUCUCCAACUGUGAAGAAGCUGAAAAGCAAAUAGUAUAGCCGGAUAUGGUCCCUACGAUAUUACUCUAAGCAUAACCAGUACAUAAAGAAAGGUAUUUGAGCAGAUGGCCUUUUAUACAGAGGAAGAACAAACUGAGGAUUAUCUUUUCAAGGUUGUUUUAAUUGGUGAUUCAGCUGUCGGUAAGUCAAACUUGCUAGCAAGAUUUGCUAGGGAUGAGUUCUACCCAAAUUCUAAAUCAACCAUAGGAGUUGAGUUCCAAACUCAAAAGAUGGAUAUUGAUGGGAAGGAAAUUAAAGCUCAAAUUUGGGAUACAGCAGGCCAAGAACGAUUUAGAGCCGUGACAUCUGCAUACUAUAGAGGUGCUGUUGGAGCUCUUGUGGUUUACGAUAUCAGCAGACGUCAGACAUUUGAUAGUAUCGGCAGAUGGCUUAACGAACUUCACACUCACUCGGAUAUGAAUGUGGUUACCAUUCUUGUUGGGAACAAAUCUGAUUUGAGAGAUGCUAGGGAGGUAACAAUGGAGGAGGGGAAGUCCCUAGCAGAAGCUCAGGGGUUGUUUUUUAUGGAAACUUCAGCGCUUGACUCAUCCAAUGUCAAAGCUGCUUUCCAGACUGUCGUUAAGGAAAUAUAUAACAUCUUGAGCCGAAAAGUUAUCCUCUGUCAAGAGAACAAGAAACAAGAUACUGGAUGGAUGGAGAAUGGGAAGACUGUGGUGGUACAGGCUCCGAACCAUGAAGCAGAUUCACAAACUAAAAGGUGUUGUUCGUCCUAGAGCAGCGCGAACUUUGUUGUAGUCUCAGUUAAGAGCUGACCCAGGCACAAGUGAUCAAAGAAUCUACCCAGAAACAAGGGCACUCUUUUGUUUACUUUUUUUUUUUUUUUGCUUUGUCCUUCCCUAUUUUAUGUUUUACAUGCACUUCACUUAUGGCCUUGUGUGGCCUUAAUGGAGAAGAUCUAAAAAUAUAGCUUGGGACGAGCACCACCAUGUAGAUCAUCCUGUAAAAGACACUGUUUUAAGUCGUCUGAAAUGUGUUCAAUGCUGUCACGUAGAGGAAUACAUCAGUCACGAAUUUU